AUCACAAAUAAAAAAAAAAAAAAAAACACAGAAACAAAAGGUGUUUCGCAUUCCAAAGCGCGGUUACUAUGCCCUAAAUCAAGGUUGGGAGUUGAAGUAUUUAGUCUAAUGACAAGUUCAACGAAGCAACCAAGCGUAAUUAACCCAAAUAGACACAGAAUUUUGAUACGCUAAGAACUAACUGUGGAUUCCCAUAAUUAAACAGACAGAGAAUUUGGACUAAUAUAUAAACUCAAAUCACUUAACAAUUCUUUUCUGUCACUUGACAAUUGAUAUCCGUCCUUAAAUACUCAUCCAACCUGUAGUCCGGGAAGGAAGCUCGCAACCGCCAUCCACCGUUGAUAACCACCUCUUGCGGCCGAUUGUAUCACCCAGCUUCUCCCUCUACUUAAGCAGGUGUAGAAGUCUGCAUUUUGACCUGGCAAAGGGCAUGGCAGAUGAAAAGGUUCUCAGCUACAAUGAUGUCGUACUUAGACAAGCUGAUUUGGACAUUCUCAGUGGUCCACAUUUCCUUAAUGAUCGCAUCAUUGAGUUCUAUCUUAGUUACCUCAGUUCACGUCAUGCUGCCGAGGACAUCCUAUUCGUGCCUCCUUCAAUUGCCUUUUGGAUUAAAGAGUGCCCUGAUACUGCAAGCCUUGAGGAAUUCCUAAAGCCACUUAAUCUUCCCAAUAGGGAACUUGUACUGUUUCCUAUCAAUGAUAAUAUUGACGUAAGUUUUGCUGAGGGUGGGAACCAUUGGAGCCUACUUGCUUUCAGGAGAAGUGCUAAGGUUUUCAUCCAUCACGACAGCAGCUCGAGUUGCAUGAACAGUUCCCAUGCCAGACGGCUCUAUAGGGCUAUUUUUCCUUAUAUCUCUGAUGGCGUUACGUACAUGGAGUGUUCUAAUACUCCAAAGCAAGUUAAUGGUCAUGACUGUGGCUUGUAUGUUAUAGCCUUUGCAAGAGCAAUAUGCAACUGGUACGAAAAUACAACACCAAAGGAUAAAAAGAGGUGGUGGUUCUCAGAUUUGGAGCAUAUCACUCCAUCUGCCAUAUCUGAGCUACGUAGUGAGAUUCUGGAACUAAUCAGAGGUCUAAUGGUGAAGCAUUAAUGUCUGCCUUUCUUGAAUUGGCUAUUAAAGAUGUGAUAUUUUGCUUGUAUGCUAAUACACAACGCGUGCGGAUUUUGAUGUAAACUUUUCUCCUGGAUCAAGUCCGGGUAAUGGCCAGCGGUCAUGUGUUCUAGAGAUCCAAGCUCUUUGUAUUAAUGCAGAAACAGCAGUAGCUUAUGUGAUUCAAUUGUUUUUACUUGUUCGAUACUUCUAGUCUGUCAUGUUAUGCUUGUUACGAGCCGUUUUUUGGAUCUGAUAUGCCUCAUUAAAUGUUCAAUAAUGGAUUUUAAUUUAGCAA